UAGCUCCCUCUUCCUUUCAUAUCAUAAAAAAGAAAAAGAAAAAAAGAGCUUCUUUGAAGUAAGGAGAAAUGGCCACUUCUGCAAUUCAACAAUCUGCAUUUGUUGGGCAGGCAGUUGGUAAAUCACAGAAUGAGCUUGUUAGGAAAGUCGGCAGCUUCAAUGGUGGCCGUUUUACCAUGAGGCGUACCGUUAAAAGUGCUCCUCAAAGCAUCUGGUAUGGAGAAGACCGCCCAAAAUACUUGGGCCCAUUCUCUGAGCAAACCCCAUCAUACCUCACCGGUGAGUUCCCAGGUGACUACGGUUGGGACACUGCUGGACUCUCAGCUGACCCAGAGACAUUCGCCAGAAACCGUGAGCUUGAGGUGAUCCACUGCCGUUGGGCCAUGCUUGGUGCUUUGGGCUGUGUCUUCCCUGAAAUCCUUGCCAGGAACGGUGUCAAAUUCGGUGAAGCUGUUUGGUUCAAGGCUGGAGCCCAAAUCUUCUCCGAAGGUGGACUUGACUACCUCGGUAACCCAAACCUCGUCCAUGCCCAGAGCAUCCUCGCCAUUUGGGCUUGCCAAGUUGUCCUUAUGGGCUUUGUUGAAGGAUACAGAGUUGGUGGAGGCCCACUUGGUGAGGGUCUUGAUAAGAUCUACCCCGGAGGUGCCUUCGACCCACUUGGUUUGGCUGAUGAUCCCGAGGCUUUUGCUGAAUUGAAGGUGAAGGAAAUCAAGAAUGGACGUUUGGCUAUGUUCUCUAUGUUUGGAUUCUUCGUUCAGGCUAUUGUUACAGGAAAAGGCCCAAUUGAGAACCUCUUUGACCACGUUAAUGACCCAGUGGCCAACAAUGCUUGGGCUUUCGCCACAAACUUUGUUCCCGGAAAGUGAAAUAAUUAGUAUGUAAUCUUGUUAAAUUUGGGUUAAUGAAGUUUUAUGCUUUGUGAAAGAUUGGCUUGUAUCUUGAUGCACUAUUUAACUUGCUGAUGUUUUACCAACAUAUAGUAAUGUUUCUCAGUUUUCU